AUGUUUGCACCCGAGCUUUGGGAAGUCUACAGUGACAGGAGGUGCUUACGGACAUUUAUUGGUCACAGUAAGGCAGUGCGCGACAUCUGCUUCAACAACGCUGGAACUCAAUUCCUCAGUGCCGGUUACGAUCGCUACCUCAAGCUGUGGGACUCUGAGACAGGUCAGUGCAUCUCCAGGUUCACUAACAGGAAAGUCCUCUACUGUGUAAAGUUUAACCCAGACGAGGACAAACAAAACCUGUUUGUAGCCGGAAUGUCGGAAAAGAAGAUUGUGCAGUGGGACAUCCGCUCUGGGGAGGUGGUGCAGGAGUACGACCGCCACCUGGGAGCCGUCAACACCAUCACGUUUGUGGACGAGAACCGCCGCUUCGUCAGCACCUCCGAUGACAAGAGCUUGCGCGUUUGGGAGUGUGGUCCACGCUCUCGUUUAACAAGCCGGUCUAGCACGGUCUCAUCAGCCCCGCGGAUGCCCGACCAAGCCGCCCGCUAG